GAAAUGAAAGAGAUGAGCCCAGGCGAGCUGAGAUAAAUCGUCGUCGAAUGGAAAGAGAUGAGCCCCGGCAAGCUGAGAUAAAUCGUCGUCGAAUUGAAAGAGAUGAGCCCCGGCAAGCUGAAAUAAAUUGUAAUCAAAAUGAUGUGCAUAUGAUAAGCAUGUUCUCAAUUAGGUCUGUUACAAGACGACGCUGAAUGGAGAAAUACAUUAACUGAGGCUGCUGCAACUCGGUUGCCAAAUCAAAUUAGACAGUUGUUUUCCAUUAUUUUGACUUUCUGUGAACCUGAUGAUCCAUUAAAUCUUUGGAAUGCCUUUAAAGAUUUUAUGAUGGAGGAUUACAUUCACCAUUCCAUGCCACCAAUAAUUGCUGAGCAGGCAGCUUUGCGUCAAAUUGAAUCUAUAAUUAAUCAGAAUGGUAAGACUUUAGCUGAUGUUAAUCUUCCUACUUUAGAUGAGUUUUUAGAUUAUGUCCCACAAAAUGAAGAGGAAGAUGUUCAGGUUUUAAUUGAUGAAGCAAAUAGGGUUAGACCAUUGUUAAAUGAUAAUCAGCGUCAAAUUGCUGAUGCUAUCCUUUCUGCUCUUAGUGAGCAACCUAACAAUGAAAACAAGCAGUCUAGAUUGUUUUUUAUAGAUGGCCCUGCAGGUUGUGGUAAAACAUUUACAUACAAUUAUUUAAUCGCUGAAACCAGCAGUAGACAUAUUAUAACUGCAACAGCUGCAUGGACAGGAAUAGCUGCAACUCUUUUAAAAAAAGGAUGUACACUUCAUGGUUUGUUCAAACUUCCUGUGCCGAUUUUGGAAAAUAGCACAUGCAAUGUAACUCCAAAUUCUAUACACGGAAAAUUCUUGAGGCAAGUUAGCCUUUAUUUACUAGAUGAGGCAUCCAUGAUACCUAAACAUGCUUUAAAUGCCAUUGAUAAGUUACUUCAAGACGUUUGCAAUAACAGGUUUCCUUUCGGUGGUAAAGUUAUUCUUAUGGGUGGGGAUUUUAGGCAAAUACUUCCGGUUGUAAAGAGAGGGCAACCAGCUGAUAUUGUUGAAGCCUGUAUAAAAUGUUCUCAACAUUGGCAAUAUGUUCAGCGAUUUUCAUUAACAGAAAAUAUGAGGGUUCAGGCCGAAGAAGAGGAAUUCUCUCAAUGGCUUUUAAAACUUGGUAGUGGAACAUUACCUUUAAAAGCAGAUGGUUCCUUUCGCGGGUGCAUUGAGAUUCCUGAGCAAUUGAAUCUUUAGUAGACAAGAUUUUUGGAGUUGCAGAAGAAGAUGAUUAUGCUAAACGUGCCAUUUUGACACCCAAUAAUGUUGAUUCUUUAGCAAUAAAUGAAGAAGUUUUGGACCGUUUACCAGGUGACGUUAAGGUUUAUUUAAGUGCUGAUACUAUUGAAACAGAUGAUCUUAACAAAAUCAAUAAUUUUCCUGUUGAGUUUUUAAACAGUCUUACUCCAUCAGGAAUGCCUGUUCAUUGCCUAAAGCUAAAAAUUGGUGCUGUUAUAAUGUUACUUCGAAAUUUAGAUCUAAAAGCUGGACUUUGCAAUGGUACCCGAUUGAUAGUGCGUGCUCUACAAAAUAAUUACAUUGAUGGGCAAGUUCUAACAGGUGUUUCAGUUGGCAAGAGGGUAUUUGUCCCUCGAGUUCAGUUAACACAAUCUGAUUCAAAUUUACCUUUUACUCUUAAGCGUCGUCAAUUUCCUGUAAGAUUAGCAUACUCAAUGACCAUAAAUAAAAGUCAAGGUCAAACUUUUGACAAAGUUGGUAUUUAUCUCAAAAACCCUUGCUUUUCACAUUGUCAACUCUAUGUUGCAUGUUCAAGAACAAGAUCGUUUAAUACCUUAUUUUUUAAAAUUGAUGAGCAUUCAUUACAAGGUAUGUCAUUUAACAAAUGCUACACAAACAAUGUUGUAUUUACCAAUGUACUAAAUCUAUAAAUAAUUAAUUUUUUACAAUUAAACUCCUCAUUUUUUAUAAAUAUUUUAACUGUAAUUUAAAGUAUUUUUGUGUGUUGCUUGAUGCAGUAAUGUGUGAUAUUUAUUAUGUGUUUAAAUAUGUGUUAAGGUUAUAUUUUGUAAGUGUUUAUGUGUAACUAAUGUGUAAAUGACUGUUAUAUGUGAAGUGUAUUUUUUAUGUUAUCUGUUUAUAGUUUGUGAGUUGUUAUUAUGUUGUUUUCAUGGUUUCAAAGUGGUGUGACUUGGCUUUGUUUAUGGCAAGAGUGUUGUCCUUGCUAGCCAAGCGGUGUACUUUGAAUAAUGUGACUUGGCUUUGUUUAUGGCAAGAGUGUUGUCCUUGCUAGCCAAGUGAUGUACAGACAUGAAACACAUAAUAAAAUCUGUUUGUAAUCACAAAAUGUGUACUUAUAAGUAUGUUAUAUUUUUAUGUUUUAUGCAAAUAGAUUUAGCUCACAUUCAUGUUGGUCUGUCAGGGUUAUGUAAAAAUAAAAAAUUCCGUUUCUUAUAGCUGACUUGAUUAUGGCUUACCUAAAGCUUAAUAUUUA